AUGGACGGCAUGCCCAACCCGACGCAGGAUGAUCCUGGCCCCGACCCGGACCGAGGCGCCGGCAACGAGCCCUCCGGCUCCGGCCAGGCCUUCACUCCUCCCGAGCCUCCCGCAGAGGCAGCGACCGUCGCGGCCUUGAGGAAGGAAAAGGGUCGCGUACGAUUCAACAGCAAUGCUGGCGCGACGAACAGGCCGCAGCAGUCUCCCAGCCCCCAUAGCGCAACUGGAACGCCGUCGCCCGAGGCUGGCGAUGCUCUAGGGCUUACAAGACCGAGACCUUCUGUCCUCCGCGCCAACUCGUCUAGCAGCGUCGGCACCGUUGGCGAUCUGGGCGAAGACUUGGACUUUGCACCGGGCUCAGAGAAGGCUAUCUCGGCCGCGGCCGCGCAGGAACGCGCCAAGCAAGUCGCUGCCAGGAUUCGAGGAGAAUCCACGACUCCAGAAGGCUCGCGGAAGAGCUCCCUCGACUCGCGCGCCGACACCGUCAUCACUAAUGACGGCGAGCUCUUGCUCGGCGGUGAUGAGAAUGGAAUACCGCUUCGCAAUCUGGGGCAUCUAGGUCCUGGGGAGUCCAAGGAGCCCAAGACGGAAGCAGAGCGGCAGGCGACGCUGGCCUUGAUGCAGGACGCAUACGAACUUGUGCAAUCCCAUGCGGCUCGAUUCGCCGCGACAACCCAGGGCCAGUCAUCAGCGACGAACCACGACGCGGCGGCCCCCAGCGGCUUGCACCACGAAGUACAGCAGCAUGCUACGCCGAGCGAAGUCUACGACGGUUCAAUCGAUGGAGUGUACAACGUGCCUCCCCCGCAACAGUACCGCGGCAGCGUCCUGUCUGAGCUUCUUAAGCUCUACAAGCAGCCUGCGCACCUCAUCGGGCAACAACAACAACAGCACCAAUCCCAAGGCCAGCACUCUCGCUCGGCCUCGGCCGGCGGCCAGUCCAGCGGCUCCGGGGGCGCAACGCCCAACCGCAGGAAGUGGUACGAACAGAACCGCUCACAGGAGACGCUGUCCAACCUCAUCGAGGCGUCCGCGCGGCUGGCCAACCCCAACACGCCCGAUCCUGGCGCAAGCAGCUCCAAGGGGAAGAAGCGGCCGACACAUAAGCGAACCGGCAGCGCGUCCCGGCUGAGCCAUCUGUGGCACAAGGAGGAGGAAGCACGCAUCACGGUGCACAUUGCCGAGACACUGGCGCGCCAGGGCUACAUCAUCAAGCUGUGCCGCGCGCUCAUGCUCUUCGGCGCGCCCACGCACCGUCUCGAGGAGUACCUGAGUAUGUCUGCUCGCGUCCUCGAGAUUGACGGCCAGUUCCUCUAUCUCCCUGGAUGCAUGAUCAUCUCCUUUGACGACAGGUCGACGCACACGACCGAGGUUCGCAUCGUGCGGACCUCGCAGGGCAUCGACCUGGGCAAGCUCAAGGACGUGCACCACGUGUACAAGGAGGUGAUGCACGAUGUCAUUGGCGCCGACGAGGGCACCGAGCGGCUGGACGCGCUGAUGGAGUCCAAGGAAAAGUUCAACCGCUGGCUGCGUGUCAUUGUCUUUGGUCUCACAAGCGUCACCGCCGCACCCUUCUCCUUCAAGGCCCGUCUCAUCGACCUCCCCCUCCUGUUCGUCUUCGGCUGCACGGUCGGCCUGCUGCAGCUCAUUGUGGCCCCUAAAUCUAGCCUGUACAACAACGUCUUCGAGGUCACCGCUACAGUGGCGGUGAGCUUCCUGGCGCGGGCGUUUGGCAGCAUCAGGCACGGGGAGUUGUUUUGCUUCUCGGCGCUCGCACAGGGCGGCAUCGUCAUGUUGCUGCCAGGAUACUCUGUUUUGUGCUCGGCCCUGGAGCUGCAGUCCCGCGCCAUCGUGCCCGGCUCCAUCCGCAUCGUCUACGCCAUCAUCUACUCCCUCUUCCUCGGCUUCGGCAUCACCGUCGGGGCCGCGCUCUACGGCCUCUUCGACAUCAACGCCGCCUCGGAGACGACGUGCCUCAACCCGCCGUCCCCCUACUACGGCUUCAUCUUCGUCCCCUUCUUCGUCAUGUGCAUCAGCGUCCUCUACCAGGCCAAGUGGCGCCAGAUGCCCGUCAUGGUGACCAUCGCCUCGGCCGGCUACAUCGUCAACUACUUCAGCAGCAUCAAGUUCAGCGCCAGCCCCCAGAUCGCCAGCACGCUCGGCGCCUUCAGCGUCGGCGUCCUCGCAAACCUGUACUCGCGCCUGCGGCACGGCGUCGCCGCCGCAACCCUCAUCCCCGCCAUCUUCACCCAGGUGCCCGGUGGGCUUGCCUCCACGGGCGGCCUCCUCAGCGGCAUCUACACGGCCAACGAGCUCACAAAGUCCAACCAGACCGUCACCAACGUCAACGGCACCGUCAGCUACCAGCCCGGCCAGCCGCUCGACAGCGUCAUAUUCCAGGUCGCCGCCUCCAUGAUCCAGAUUGCCAUUGGCAUCGCCGUCGGGCUCUUCAUGAGCGCCUGCAUCAUCUACCCGCUCGGCAAACGCCGCAGCGGCCUCUUCAGUUUCUGA